CUGGUUGCAUUCGCGUUGAGGUGACUCAUAACUCCCUCCCUCUUUCGCCUAGCUUUCUCCCGUGCGUCCCUCGUACCACGUGCCUUCCUGUCCGCUCCCCCAGAGCCCUUUCCAAACGCCUGAAGAAACUGCUGUAAAAUGUCGUGAGGGACGUCGCCGCUUUGCGGCUGCCUCUCUCAGAACUAGACCCCGGGAGUGCCCACCGCAGUCAGCGGUUCCUCCGGCGGAGUCGUCCUGACAGAAGGCGAGAGCACUCGGCGCGCCACUGGAUUUUUCGCCGCACCCGCGAGGGCUCCGGGCGAUGUGAAUUCUAGGCGGCUUCUGUGCUCCCAGGCCCGGGGGCUGAGGUGGGCAGGCAGGUGCCUGGGAAGCCGCGGCCCGGCGGGAUGGAGGAGAGUAUGGAGGAGGAGGAAAUGCUCACCUACGAGGCAAUGAUGGACGACCAGAACCACAACAACUGGGAGGCCGCCGUAGACAGCUUCCGUCAGCCCCCGCCCGCCCCGCCGCUGCCCCCGCCGCCGCCGCCGCGGCCCUCGUCGUCCAUCCCGGAUCCUGGCCGAGAACUCCCGGGGGGACAGCUGCUGGCUGUGCACGCGGGCUCCAUGGACAGGAAGGGUCCUAAGGAGGGGCUCCCGAUGGGGUCUCCGCCCUUGUCAGAGCCAAACGGGGUGAUUAUGAUGUUGAAGAGCUGCGACGCAGCCGCCGCGGUGGCCAAGGCGGCCCCUGCCCCCACCCCUAGCUCCACCAUCAACAUCAACACCUCCACCUCCAAGUUCCUAAUGAAUGUUAUAACAAUUGAAGAUUAUAAGAGCACAUACUGGCCAAAAUUAGAUGGUGCCAUAGAUCAACUUUUAACCCAGAGUCCUGGUGACUAUAUACCUAUAUCCUAUGAGCAGAUUUACAGUUGUGUGUAUAAGUGUGUGUGCCAGCAGCACUCAGAACAGAUGUACAGUGAUCUGAUUAAAAAAAUAACCAGCCACUUAGAGCGAGUCUCCAAGGAGCUGCAGGCCAGCCCUCCAGACCUCUAUAUUGAGAGAUUUAAUAUAGCUCUGGGACAGUAUAUGGGAGCAUUGCAGAGCAUCGUGCCUCUUUUCAUAUAUAUGAAUAAGUUUUACAUAGAAACUAAACUUAACAGAGACUUAAAAGAUGACCUUAUAAAACUGUUUACGGAACAUGUUGCAGAGAAGCACAUUUACAGCCUAAUGCCUGUUACUUUGGAAGCCCAGUCAACACCAUUUCAGGUCACACCUUCAACUAUGGCAAAUAUUGUGAAAGGCCUGUACACUCUCAGACCAGAAUGGGUUCAGAUGGCUCCGACAUUGUUUUCUAAGUUUAUUCCAAACAUUCUGCCCCCAGCUGUGGAAUCUGAACUUUCUGAGUACGCUGCCCAAGAUCAAAAGCUUCAAAGAGAACUCAUACAGAACGGUUUUACCAGAGGUGACCAGUCCCGGAAGAGAGCUGGAGAUGAGUUGGCUUACAACAGUCCAUCCGCUUGUGCAAGUUCCAGAGGGUAUAGAUAGUGACUGUUGAACUACGUUUCUCCCGAGAGAAGACACACUGGAGCUACAGAAACUGUUCCAGGCACAGUGGGGCCUGCACCACUCAGGAGCUCUGUCAGAGGCUGUUCUCAGAGAGGAUACCGGACUUCUUUCUUUGAUUUUCAGUUUUUAAAAACAAGAACUAACAAAAACAAUUGCUGCUAGACUGGGGGGUGAUUUGAAGUGGGACAAUCUUUAAUCUACAGAGCAAGUGUCUUGGAGAGCGGCCGUUGCUAAAGGGAAGCUCAACAUUUGAAUCAGCUUCCUCCAGAAAUACAAGAACGAAAGAAUCUUUUUUUUUUAAAGCCCUCGUCUUGUUCAUUUGUGGACUUGGAACAUGGUGUCACAUGUCAAGAUAUCUUUGCUUUAAAACCAAGCAGAUAUUACAAUACAGUGUUUUCACCCAUUCCCCAAACAAUCUGUUUUAAAUUCAGAUUGGUCUAUGUUUAGCAAUUAGUCUUGUGGAGGAAAAUGCUAACUGCUUUCACUAUCACUUUCCCUGUCAAUUCCCGUUUUCAACUGUGUGCCUUGAGCUCUGUGCACUUUGCAGCUAUGUGACCAUGUCAUCAAUCUCACGAUGCUUCAAACUGGCCCACCAAAGCCUCUGUAUGGCUUUGUGUUUGUAGCAGAACCUGAUUGAGAAAAUGGAAGCACUAGAGGCUGGUCAGAAUUCACCCGGCUGUCCCAGCUCUCCUGGGGACCAACUCUUACUGAGUGGUUUCCAUUCUGCUAUCCCCUCAUCUGAUCUCAGCUUCAAGUGGGAUGGAGCCCUGGUUUAGGGCUAUGAUACUGUAGAGAUUGCCCAACAGAGGGGGUUGCUCCCUUGGUCCCUCUCGGGAUGAAUGGUUUUAAAGCCAACUAUGGUCCAUCUCAUUUUAUUGGGUGUAUUUAAUAUGAAAAAAGGUCAGCUCUACCCUGCAUCUUGUAAACAUCAUGUUUGUUAUUAAGUGCAACAGGGAGAGUUUGCACUGUUGUUUGAAGGCUCCUUUCAGCUGUGGUAAAGUUGUAUUACCCGUUUCCUACACCAACUGUGCUCUUUAGUUCUUCACAAAAGUCUGAAGCUUAUCCAGUUGUUUUUCAGUAAUAACAAAACUAGACAUAGCAAGGAAAAAGUAUUUUUCUUCUCAAUUUUGCUUGAAUGUGAAGUGAGCAUUGGCUUUGUGCUACCAGGCUCCAUCAGACAGUGAUGCUGACCAUUUAGAGAAUGCACCUAAUGCUACUGCUACCAACUCAUGGGCAGCAGAGUUAGAAGUAGAACACCAGGGACAAGAACAUUACCCAGUAGCAGUCCUGUGUUUGUAAACAAUGUUCCAGGGGAGGAAUAGUUAAGGGUUGACAGCUUGAUUCUUUCAGGUACUUGUCUGCAGUUGGUAGAGUUUGUGGGGGGUUUAAUUGGCUCAUUCCAUUUGGGUUACAUUGAAAAACCCUGAGUAGGGACAAGUGGGCUCUUAUUAUGGUCUGUAUAGCUUUUUCUGCUCUAAUGUCAAGGGAAAAUUUUCAUUUUAUUAAAAAAACCCAGUUUACCUUUCUGAUGGAAUGCUCACCACAAAGUUGUAAAUAUCAUUUGGAAGUGGUUUCUUCUACCCAGCUUUAAUAUUUUUGACAAUAGUAAAGUUGGAGCAUUUCUUGAAACAUAGUAGUUUCAAGAAUAGUUCAUAAUAGUUGAAACAUAGUGGUUCCGUGUCUUAAUUAUGCCCUCCUGCUCCCCCGGGAGAGAGUGCUCUUCUUUCUCUCCAAAAGAACUUUCCCUAUAAAAGCAUUAUAUUAAAUAAAUUGGCAUUAAAGUGGGUGCUUUUGUGUUACUAACUGAAUGGAAAAAUAGUCAUACUCAUUUUGCAUUAGCACAAAAUAGGCAGAGGAAAGCCUGUGAAAUUCUCAUUCUCUGAGUCUAAGCCUGGCACCACUUUGCUGGUACUGAAAGGCAUGGGGAAAAUGAGUGUGCUCCUGAGGGCUGUGUCCUGGUGGUUUAGCAAGGCUUUACAGUUUGUAAACUUCAGGUGAAAUUGACACUUCUUGUUAAUUGAAGUCUUUACAGAAGUCUUAAUCUCCAACUACAAGGAAAUAAAAUCUGUUCUGUCUCAUUUUGUAUUUCCUGAAAAUAUUUUCUUUUCAAGUGUACUUGUGCUCUUACCAGUACAGUUUUUCUACCCCUGCUGAGGACUGUUUUUCUCAAUCAGAUCCUUAACGGUCAAAUGGUAUAGAUCAGUUAGUCACUGUAAUAUAGUUGAUUUGGCUAGAUGGCUAAUAUGGUUUUAUUUGCCUAAAAGUAGGCCUUUUAAAAAAAAAGAAAACCAGGUGGGUUAUCUUCAAGUGAUGGUUUAAAAAGUAAACAGAUGAUAGUGUUGAGAGACCGUGCUCAUUUUAAAGGUUGACCUUAUGCUUAGAUUAUCUGGUGACCUGCUGUCAUAACUGCACCCUGACCUGACAAGAAUCAUUUUCCUGGGGGCAGAAAGUAGAAUUUAGUGGCACCUAAGCAGGGUUAGCAAGAAGAAACUCUCGCUUGCAUUCACAAUUAGUAAUGAUACAGUGCAUUACUAAAACUUCUCAGUCUUUUAUUACAAGUCACCUGUUCCCCUGUUUGCUAGAAUGAAGUUGGUUUGUGUGUUGGUGAGACUGCAGAGGAAUGGAUGUCCCUGGUCAUGACACUGCAUGUCUCAGACCUGUCUAGCUGCUGCCCCCCUGUCGUUUACUUUCUGUCAGGUUGCAGAUUUGCACACGUGAAUGAUUCCUCAGGAACAGUUUGCACACUCCUCACCUCAAUAUAGUCUGUACAGACCAAACAGCAUCUAAGGUUAUCAGCACAAGAGGGUUCAUACACCUACUAGCAGAGGCCAUGUGAGCUUGCAGGCAACUGGUUUCUGCACGUAAUAGGAAGAGGAGCACAUAGUGUUUGUUUAAAUGACCUCCCAGUUCUCGCUGUAACCAGAGUAAGAAACCUUCCAGAUGGUGUAUUGGGGCUGUGUUUUUUGUCUGUUUUUUCCUCUUUUCUGUUUUUCCUCAUAUAUGCAAGAGGAAUUGCCCAGGAGCUAAUAUUCAACUGUUUAUUAAGCUCUGUCCUUAAGCAUUAUUCAAUGAAGUGCACUAAUCUGAGAUAAUAAGAAACAACUAAAAAGCAAAACAGAAACUGUGCAUUCGCUAUCCAUCUGUUAGAGUUCAUUUUUUAGUGUGUUCUUGAGCUUUUUAGCUUGGAAUAUUUAUUUUUAUCCAAGUAUAGGGCUCUUAAGGGGGGACGUUAAAAUUCAAGGUUGGAAUGUGACACCCUUAACUGACAUCUGGAAGAAGUAUUGACUUUUUCUGUUGGUGACUGCUUUUAGUAAUACUGUGUAAAAUGUUCGUUUUUACCAGAGCUUCAAGCAGAAGUCAUAGGGGUUCAUAGAGAAGUGACUCUUCUGUGCUUUUGUUACCGUGUAGAAAUUUCCCUUGGUUUCUGACCCCUAGACUAUUUGGAAGGAGGUGCUUGUUCUUUUCCAAAGGAAAUGCUCCCUCUCUGGUCCCCUGCUGCUUAGCUGCAGUCACUGCCGCCUCCCUCCUGCACUAGCUGGCACCUUAAUUUAAACCUCCUUCCUGAGCCAGGGAUGGGUCUGCCUCCUGGGUGCAGGACCUGUUACUUUACAGGACCAAUGUCUGCCAUGAAGAUCUUCAUUGUAGGCCUGAUUCCAUUGUUAGAAGAGUGCUGCUGGAUUAUACCCAGGAAAGUUGUCAACAUGGCUCUUGGGUUGAGUGAUUUGUUAAAAAAAAAAAAAGAAAACUACUUUGGUUCUUAACAUGUUUAAAUACUGUGAUUGUACUAAAUUCAGUGAGACUGGGUAUUCUCGUAAAGGUGGCAAUGCUCUCGGUUCUUAGUCUUACGUCAGUGUUAACAGCCAUCAAUUUUCAGAGAAAUUACUUAAACAUCAAGUCCUGGGAAAUUGGCUCAAACAAAUGCUUAAACAAAAUUUGGAGAUCAUGUGCAGGCUAAUGGAGUUUGCCGCCUACCAGCAUAGCAGAGUAAAUGAAGCAUUGCUGUCUGUUCUCCAGACCAUUUGUCAUAAAUGGUAGAUCUGGCACUGUCCUUCACAGCUUACUUAAAGAACAUGACUGAAGCACUUCCUGCGCUGGGGUACAAAGCUGUUGGCCUGGGCUCUCUCCUUGUAAACAUGGUGGAUUCUGAAUCACUCCUCUGUAUUAGGUGUAUAUUCUCACUCUAAAGUAUUGUGGUUAAUGAAAAAUAAAUCUUGUACAGAUGUCAUUAAACUUGCUUUUUAAGUUUUG